UUUCCUGCGCGGGGAAGCAUUGUGCCUCUGGCUUUACCGGUAAGCAUUGGAUCCGUCAACUUACUGCGACUCCCCGGUGUACAGCCCGGACCUCUGCCCGAACAUGAUCGCGACGCAGGCAAAGCUGGUUUACCAGCUUAACAAAUACCACAACGAGAGAUGCCAAGCUCGAAAAGCGGCCAUUGCGAAGACCAUACGGGAGGUUUGUAAAGUGGUGUCGGAUGUGCUGAAGGAGGUGGAAGUGCAGGAGCCGCGGUUCAUCAGCUCCCUCAGCGAGAUAGACGCGCGCUACGAGGGGAUGGAGGUCAUCUCCCCCAACGAGUUUGAGGUGGUGCUUUACCUCAACCAGAUGGGGGUGUUCAACUUCGUGGACGACGGAUCCCUGCCCGGCUGCGCGGUGCUGAAGCUGAGCGACGGCCGCAAGAGGAGCAUGUCGCUGUGGGUCGAGUUCAUCACCGCCUCGGGCUACCUGUCGGCCAGAAAGAUCCGCUCCAGGUUCCAGACUCUGGUGGCACAGGCCGUGGAUAAAUGCAGCUACCGCGACGUGGUGAAGAUGGUGGCGGACACCAGCGAGGUCAGACUACGGAUCAGGGAGAGGUAUGUGGUGCAGAUCACCCCCGCGUUCAAGUGCACCGGGAUCUGGCCUCGGAGCGCAGCCCAGUGGCCCAUGCCACACAUCCCCUGGCCCGGUCCUAACCGGGUAGCAGAAGUCAAAGCCGAGGGUUUCAACCUGCUCUCCAAAGAGUGCUACUCGUUGACGGGGAAGCAGAGCUCUGCGGAGAGCGACGCCUGGGUGCUGCAGUUCAGCGAGGCCGAGAACAGGCUGCUGAUGGCCGGCUGCAGGAAGAAGUGCCUGUCCGUGCUGAAGACCCUGAGGGACCGUCACCUGGAGCUGCCGGGACAGCCGCUCCAGAACUACCACAUGAAGACCCUGCUGCUGUACGAGUGCGAGAAACACCCGAGAGAGACCGACUGGGACGAGUCUUGCCUCGGAGACCGACUGAACGGCAUCCUGCUGCAGCUCAUAUCCUGCCUGCAGUGCCGCAGAUGCCCCCACUACUUCUUGCCAAACUUGGACUUGUUUCAGGGAAAGCCUCACUCGGCCCUGGAGGCUGCUGCUAAGCAGACAUGGAGACUAGCGAGGGAAAUCCUCACCAAUGCGAAAAGUUUGGACAAACUAUAAGGCGCUUGUCGAGACUGAGCCGGAAGAGACAUUUUUGGGAUAAAACUUCAGAGAAUGACAAAUAUGAUUCUGCAACUGAUUCUCCAAGCAAUGUGAAGAAGAAGAUGAAGAAAAAAAAAAAAAGAAUCAGUAACAAAAUAAUGCAGCGAGCAAACCACAAAACCCUUUUUAAAUGGAGCAAUUGGGCCACUGCCAGAGAGAAAGUGAAGGUACAUUUUCAGAUAAAUGUAAUGCCUUUUAGUUGUCUUCUUUAAAAUGUUUUCACAAAGUGAAGAAACUUUUAUUUAAAUAUAUGCACAAAAUCGUUAAGUGAAAGAA